GGCGUGUGCGGGGCGCGCGGGAGCCUUCGCCGGGGGCUUCCCCUGCUGCGGUCCGCUCGAGUUCUGGUUCGGCGUUCGUCGCGGGUCCAGGAUGACGAUCCGACACCAAGGCCAACAGUACAGGCCGAGGAUGGCAUUUCUGCAGAAGAUCGAAGCCCUAGUGAAGGACAUGCAGAAUCCGGAGACGGGGGUUAGAAUGCAGAGCCAGAAGGUUCUGGUCACCAGUGUCCCUCACGCCAUGACAGGAAGUGACGUUCUACAGUGGAUCGCCCAGCGGCUUUGGAUCUCUAAUCUGGAGGCACAGAACUUGGGCAGCUUUAUUGUCAAGUAUGGCUACAUUUACCCCCUGCAAGAUCCCAGGAAUCUCGUCCUCAAGCCUGAUAACAGCCUCUACCGAUUUCAGACGCCGUAUUUCUGGCCCACCCAGCAGUGGCCGGCUGAAGAUACAGACUAUGCCAUCUAUUUAGCCAAGCGAAAUAUAAAGAAGAAAGGGAUUUUAGAAGAAUAUGAGAAGGAAAAUUAUGAUUUCUUGAACAAAAAAAUUAACUACAAAUGGGACUUUGUCAUUAUGCAGGCCAAAGAGCAAUACAGGACUGGAAAGGAAAGGACUAAAGCAGACAGGUAUGCACUGGAUUGCCAGGAGAAGGCGUAUUGGCUGGUCCACCGAUGCCCCCCGGGAAUGAACAACGUGCUGGACUAUGGCCUGGACCGAGUGACCAAUCCAAAUGAAGUCCAGGUAAACCAGAAACAAACAAUCACUGCUGUCAGAAAAGAGAUCAUGUAUUACCAACAGGCCUUAAUGAGGUCCACUGUGAAGUCUUCAGUGUCCCUUGGAGGGAUCGUCAAAUACAGUGAGCAGUUUUUGUCCAAUGACGCCAUCAUGUCAGGCUGCCUUCCCAGCAAUCCUUGGAUAACAGAUGACACCCAGUUCUGGGACUUAAAUGCCAAAUUGGUAGAAAUCCCAACCAAGAUGCGGGUGGAACGAUGGGCCUUCAACUUCAGUGAAUUGAUCCGAGACCCCAAGGGCCGACAGAGCUUCCAGUACUUUCUCAAGAAAGAAUUCAGUGGGGAGAAUCUGGGAUUCUGGGAAGCCUGUGAAGAUCUGAAGUACGGAGAUCAGUCCAAGGUCAAGGAGAAAGCAGAGGAGAUUUACAAGCUCUUCUUGGCCCCAGGGGCGAGACGGUGGAUAAACAUAGAUGGCAAAACCAUGGACAUCACCGUCAAGGGGCUGAGGCAUCCCCACCGCUACGUGCUGGAUGCGGCACAAACGCACAUCUACAUGCUCAUGAAGAAGGAUUCUUAUGCUCGCUACUUAAAAUCUCCAAUCUAUAAGGAAAUGCUGGCCAAAGCUAUUGAACCUCAGGGAACCACCAAGAGAAGCUCCAGCCUCCCGUUUAUGCGGCGCCACCUGCGCUCCAGCCCGAGUCCCGUCAUCCUGAGGCAGCUGGAAGAAGAAGCCAAGGCUCGAGAAGCUGCCAACACAGUGGACAUCACCCAGCCGGGCCAGCACACUGCUCCCAGUCCUCACCUGGCCGUGUACACCGGGACCUGCGUGCCCCCUUCUCCUUCCAGCCCCUUCUCCCCAUCCUGCCGCUCCCCCAGGAGGCCCUUCCCCUCACCGGGCCGCUUCAUCCGGAGGCCCAGCAGCGCCAUCUGCCCCUCGCCCAUUAGGGUGGCCUUGGAGAGCUCUGAGCAGAAGGGGGAGGCCAGCGGAUCCAGUGCCUGCCCCGGGCCCUCCGACACUGACAGGAGCGAGGCCUCAGCCGCCGAGCACCCCUGGCCCCGGCCCCAGCCCAAGUCCCCGCCCAAGGCCCGCAUGGCUCUGUCCUUCAGCAGGUUUCUGAGACGGGGCUGUUUAGCUUCCCCCGUCUUUGCCAGGCUCUCACCCAAGUGCCCCCCUGUGUCCCACGGGAAGGUGCAGCCCCUGGGGGAUGCGGGCCAGCAGCUGCCACGACUGAAAUCCAGGCGAGUAGCGAACUUUUUCCAGAUCAAAAUGGAUGUGCCUACGCAGAGUGGAACCUGCCUGAUGGACUCAGAGGACGCUGGGGCAGGAGACGCGGGUGACCAGGCCAUAGAAAAGGAGGUCAUCUGCCCCUGGGAGAGCCUGGCCGAGGCGAAAGCUACCUGAGCCGGGGGCCCUGGACGAAGAAGACGCUCCUGGCAGACCCUGCCAGAGGGGGCCGUGGGCAUGCCUGCUCUCGAACCAGAGUCCAUUACGAUCACAUUUGGGGGCCAGAGAGACAAGAUGGGAUGGAUUAUGGGGAGGUGUGCACUGGCUGGGGUCCUGAUGGCCAGUUCCUACCCUUCCCCCUGACCUUCCCUCCCUUGGGCAGAAGAAAGGCAUGUGGACCAGACAACUUUACU